CUUCUGACGCACUGGUGAAUUGGUCUCUUCGUGUCCCUGCGACUGCCCAGUGCCGAGGCCACCCUCUCCACCAGCUGCCCCCCGCCGACCUUGUUGGGCUGCUGCCGUUUGGACCUGGCAGCUUCCGUAAUCGUAGUCAGGUACUCCGUCACACAUAGCCGCAUGGCCUGAGCGGAUCGCGUCUCUCGUAUGUAAGGAUGGCUGACCCUGACGCGCCCGCCCAGAAGAGGCCUCGUUUGGACUCCGUCAAUCCUCCUGUGUACAAUCAUAACGGCCACGGCUUCCCUCCCCCUCCUCCGCCGCACGCCCAACCUACCCGCCAGUUAUCUCAUCCCACUCCCGCUCACGCUGCUCCCUCUCCUACCGCCCGCCACUAUCCUCCCGGCCUGCCCCAUCCGUCUCAUUCCUAUCCUCCUCCGGGGCAAGGACCUCCACCCGGACCGCAACCCUCGCCGUCACUGCCACCCUCCGAUAUACGCGCCUACUCAGACCCCCGUACCAUCCCUUCACCUAGCCAACGUCCUCAUGGCGCCGGUGGCCCUCCUCCGGUGAACAUCUCCCAGGACAACAUCGCUACAUACCGGGCGCCACCCACUCCACAGUCGUCGACACAGCCAGAGCCGCAGAGCACCAGAUCCAGCAUCAGUGCCGACGUCAAGCCUCAACCACCACCUAUGGAUCAUGGAGGUCACCAGAGUCCAUGGGGUAUGAACCCUGAGCAUCGCCCUAAUGGCCAUAUGUCCAACGGCUACAGCCACUCCAUAAGCCCUACACAUCACAACAAUGGGCAGCCGUUCCAUCCACCGCCUCCACCAGCUCCGCAGUACGACCAGGGCCCGUAUGCGUCGAGCCCUUAUGUGGGACAGUAUGCAGGCACAGCUGGCCAGCAAGUACGGCGCAAACAGGUCCGCGCCACACAAGCUUGUAACCACUGUCGAACACGAAAGCAGAAGUGCGACGAAGCCAGACCAUGUCAGUUCUGCAGGGAGAACAACUUCGAUUGCCAGUACAAGGAUGUACCACCUCCAAAGCAAGAUCGAAGCAUGAUGCAACUUCAAGAGAGCGUUAAUGACAUCGGCGACGUCUUAAAGAGUCUUGUAGGAGAGUUCACCUCGUGGAGACAGAGCGUAGAGAGCAGACUUCCCUUGGCUCAAACGCCUAACCAGAUCUCGAACAUAGCAUCGCCAGAAGCAGGGUUCGUAGCACCUAACGCCAGGAUCCCCACGCCGGCCCAGGGAAACAGCCAGAUGCGCCGGAUCAGCAACAUGAAGACAGAGUCCCCCAAUCUUCGACACUCACAGAUGUCUCCAUCAGCAUCGCAAGCCAUGACCCCAAUCAAGCAGGAGUCAAUGUUUGCUCCGCCUCAGCAGCCAGCCACUCCGGCUGAAAGCGUUAGAAGCGAACACAGUGGUGCAACAGGAUUACCACCGAAGGAGAAGAGCGGAUUGCAGAGUGACCAUACCACCCCUGCACACAAGCUAUUCGAAGAGUGGCACUCGAUGGCAAACUUCUGUCGUAACGUCGACUACAUUGAGAAGCUGAUCGAAGGCGGCCACGAAGUCUCCGAGUACCCAAUGCUACUCGAGCAGGACCGAGGCCUGCUCCGCGUCUGGGGAGUCGGCGAAGGCCAAGAUCUCAACGACGGUGCUCAGGGCCCAGGAAGCCCUGACAGUGGUGGCGACGCAGACGCCUCCUCUCCAGCACCUGGCAAGGAAGGCCUCUGGGGCUAUCCACCUGCCGAUACCUCCAGUCCCGGAACAGUUCCUGGAGAGAUUCCCAGCAGUCACCCUCGAGCGGAAAAAGAAAAUUAUGGUGGCCUUGGCCCAGAUGGCAGGCCUGACUUUCGUUCUCAUGUCUUGGGGGAGCUGUACGACUCGUACAUCGAGAACAUCCACAAACUUCAUCCUUUCAUGAAUGCGAGUAAGCUCCGAAGAAUGAUCAAGGAGUUCAGCGAGCAGUACAGUCCGGACUCUAACGGCAAAUACGCUGGAUCGCCUGCUGCCAAUUCGCUGGCCAGCCAUCAACUUCACCAGGGCUUGAAGCGGAAACGAUCCGGCAGUGCAUACGGUGAGCCUUGGUCAUCCAAGGGAGCGAUCGAACGUUCUCUACGUAACGCCCUCGUCCUCCUCGUGCUUGCACUCGGCAAGGUCUGCGCUCACCAUGAACCGCUGCCUUCGCCCCAAAGUGACAGAAUGACCCAUGCGAACGGAGGCUGGGGUGUCCAUGCCAACAGUAGCUUCAACAGCGAUACCUCCGAUGACAAUCGACCAAGAAAUGUCGACAUACUCCCUGGCAUGGGCUACUUCGCUUAUGCCACGGACAUCCUUGGAAACCAGCAGGGUGGCAACACAGUGGCACACGCACAGGCGAUGAUCCUGGCUGCGCUCUAUUUGAGUCAAUUCGCUCGAGUCCUGGAGAGCUGGAGUUGGAUCAACAACGCCUGCCGUGUCGUCCUCGUCCUUAUAAAGGCAGACUACCAGAAGCUCGACCGAAACUGGUGCUUGGAGAACAAGGCCUCUCUGCCACCAAAAGAGCGUUACAGGCUCAACCUAGUCAUGUGCGUAUACUGGACAUGUCUCCAGCUCGAGUCAGAUAUUCUGGCCGAGAUGAGCACGCUGCCACCUAGCAGAAUCUCGGACUUCCAGAGCGAGAUCGCUUAUCCGGAUGGCGUCUACGAAUCGGUGCCCAUCGAAUCCGGCAUCAGCGUUGAGGAGAAGAUGUUUGCCGAUCCGCAGACACAGGAAGGCUCCAUGCUUAUGUACUCAAGCCAGAUCUGGCUUCGUGUCAUACUAAAUGAAGCACACAACAUGCUUUAUGGCAGAAGUAAGUGGCACUUGAUACUCUUGUUUCUAAUAUUGCUGACAACAGCAGAUGCUCGCCGAAGCUUUGACACCCAUAACAUCAAAGAGGUUGCACACCGUGCUAUAGCACAUGUGCGCAUCCUGGAAGACUGGAGACGAGUGCUGCCGCCUGCGCUGGCUUGGAACGACGAUGACCCACCCGCCACUGACAUCAAUGUCGCGCGUCUACGUGCCAAGUACUACGGAUCGAUCUACGUGAUCUUGCGCCCAUACUUACGCAUUGCAAAUCAUUUCAUCGACUUCCCUCCCACAGGUGCAAGCGCACGGGCUUCUCAUCACAGUUCCCCCGCGCCGACAUCUGGCGGAUCGUCUAACAGAAACGUACAUCUAUUGGUUGAUUUAUCGGACGAUCAAAGAAGCAUCAUCGGAGUUGCUGUUAAGUGCAUCAAUGCCGCAAUCCAGAGUACGAUCGCUUUCGACCGUGUUGGUGCUGCUCCUAACAGCAAGUACGUAAAGUUCAACGCCAACGCUCGUACUCGUCGCUUGGUAGUUACCAACAUUUUCGGCACCAUGCAUGCUCAAUUUGGAAACAUGCUUGUCCUCGCGGCAGUUUUUAAGUCUCAACUUUGCAGGUACCUACCAAGAGACACACAACUUACGAAGAACAACCUCACUCUUCUCAUGGACCGGACCUGCAAAGUUCUCGGCGAGAUUGCACCGAACUCUCCAAUCCUAGAGAUGGACCUCAAGAUUCUGCGGAACGUUCGGAAGCAGCUCGACCUCUUCCCGUGAUCAUUGCAGCCAUACAACAAGCCUCAAGCAGAACUUCAAUUUGUUUGGAUAUACCCCAUUUGGGCGGAGAGGACUCCCGAUAGCC